AUGCUGGAUGUCGCUAGAUCUGCCACGCCGAGAUUAUCUGCAUAUGCUUUCUUUCAGCGUGGAAAUACUGUAGAAGCAAUCAUUCCGUGCAUGAAGCCGGAAACGGCAGAAGUUGAUGACGGCAGAAUUCCAAGAAUCUACCAAGAUGAUACACCAUGGCUCGCCUAUUUCGCGAAAUACUGCUUACGAAAUGAACCGUGCAUCUUGAGUGCAGAGUUUACAGCCGACUGGCCUGCUAGGGAACUAUGGGUGCGUGAAGAUGGGUCUCUCAAUCUGGAUUAUCUCAAACAACAGUACGGGUCUCAAACUGGUCCUGUGAUGGCUGAGGACAGAUGUGAUCCUAUCGAAAUGACUGUUGCCGAAUUCUGCGAUUAUUGCGCUGAUCCUAGUGCUGCUGGGGAUGCCUCGCUCCAGUACAUGAAGGAUUGGCAUUUUCAGAAAAGCUGUGGAAUUAGCAUGUAUCAUGUGCCAGCAAUGUUGUCUGAUGAUUGGGCAAAUCGUGAAAAAUGGACAGAUGACGAUGAAAAUCCGUUUCGUGGUGAUUAUAGAUUUGUUUACUUUGGAGUAAAAGGCACAUGGACGAAGUUUCACUCGGAUGUAAUGUCAUCGCAUAGUUGGUCAGCUAACGUAUGCGGACACAAACUUUGGUAUUUUGUCCCAAUAGGCAACGAAAAUAUUUUCAUGGAGAAAAAUGGACAAAUUGCGGAGGAUAUCAGACCCUACAGGGACCUUUGGGAGAAGGCGGAUGUAAGGAUAAUGAUUCAAAAUCCUGGAGAGAUUGUCUUUGUGCCUACGAAUUGGUAUCAUCAAGUGCACAACUUGGAACUUACCCUAUCGAUCAACCACAAUUCGGUGAACGUUUCAAAUAUACAACUCAUCUACGAGUUCCUCUGUCGGCAUCUCAAAGCAGUACAGAAAGAAAUUGGACAUUUGGCAGAUUUAUUCACAGAGCAAGAAAUGAAAGAACAAGAGCAGUUCGUGCUAGGCGCAGAUGCACGCAUGAAUAUGCCGCGACUUCGAACUCUACUGCAGUUGGUUGUGGAUGAUCGCAGUCAAGGAGAUGAAGCAAGUUGCUAUAUCUGUACAAAGCAUUCGAAUCCAAAGGACUGCAAAAAAGAUCCAAUUUGCUUGGACAGAUUUUCCAAUUAUUGCAAGUGUACAACCAAACAUUGCCAGCGUUGUUCUGCUUUUAUGCGUUCAUUCGAAUUGUCCACAGCAAUUUCAUUGCUUGAGACUAUGAAAGAAGAUGGAUUUUAGCAAUCACUGGAAAAUUUGCUAGAUCACUGGUCAAUUCUCGAGCAAACCUCUGUUUACUCAAUAAGCUUAGCAUUAGCAUUGCUUUCCUAAUUAAGUUAGCUUGUUAAUAGUUGUUAAUUCAAAUGGUGCGGUUGCACGUAAAACCACCAAAAUUGUAAAAAAUGCUUCGUAAAAUUGCUUCGUAAACCA